GCAGGAAUAGGCAAAGAUCAUCAUUUCUGCAGCCAGUAGGGUUGAAGAGGAAAUCGUUGCACGCAUAGCCCACGUCAGGAAAGAAAAGAACCUCGGCGAUUUCAUCAUCCUCAGUAUCAACAGCAAUCUCGCUUCUAGGGGACGCUGCCGACUCUGCAUUAUUUCUUGUAACCUGAUCUUUGGUGGCAAACUUACCAUUUGCCGGCGCACUGAUAAUUUGCAUGUUGCUCUUCCUUCCCAUGUAAUAUGCCACAGUUCCUACAACACACAGCCCACCGAUGACAAUCACGGCUCUGGUAACAUCGGACAUUUUGAUUUUGCCAGAAAAAUUUUCUAAUUUGUGAUUGCAAAGUUUCAGUUUUAGCAAUUUUUCUUGUUAUUCGGAUUGUGGGAUCGGAAUUUCUCGCGCCUCGCUCCCACAGACACGGAGGCCACAGAAACGGCGAAUUGACGAAAUUCAUUUUCCUGUUUGCAGCAUUCGCGCCACCUAGUGGCAGAAUAGAAAAAGAUAUUAGAGUGUAUGAUAAGAAGUUAAAUAUUUCUCAGGUUAACUAUUGUUUUGAUAAUAAAAAAUUACUUUUAAAGACACAAUAAAGUCAAUAAUGGAUUAUUUAAAGCUUAAUUUGCCUCAAAUUUCUUAUUUAGUCAUUUUUCUCUCAACUAAUGCCAGUCGUAUCUGGAUAAUUAUUUGCCUUUCUCGUUAUCUCUUACAUCGCUGCAAAGCACAAAGUACAACCACGCCUCCUUUUCAGCUGUGUUCUAUGACUUUCUGUGUUGCUGUGCAUUUUGCUCUUGCUGGUAAAUUAACAGUAAUUAAUGACAUUGCAGCGUGACUGACCGGCCAGGACGAUGGACGCCAAGGCGUACAAAAUUCUGCAUGAGUCGUUCAUGCAAAACAACACAGGCACGACGCCCUGGGAGACCGUGCUGGUCAUCUUGCCGACGGCCGUGCUCACCAUUCUGUCCAACUGCCUGAACAUUAUUUUAAUCAACGUCACCCGCAACUCGUUCCUCAUCGAAUUCUUUGUGCUGGUCAUGCCACUAGUUUUGAACGCUACCGUCCUUUCGGAAAGCAUCUCGGUCAGUUUGACUGUUUUUUCUCUAUUAACUUCCUUCUCCGUCUUUGUCCUGUACAACUACAGCCCCAAAAGAAAAUUAGUCACCUUCAGCUACCUGAACAAACACCUCGACAUCUCUCUGGUGAUCACCAAUUUUCGAGGCACCGUCAACCUGAUCACCGCCGUCUGCAUUUUGGCCGUCGACUUCCGGUCAUUCCCUCGACGCUUUGCCAAGACUGAGACCUUCGGCUGGGGCCUGAUGGACACUGGCGUCGGACUUUUCAUCCUGGCCAAUGGACUGGUGGAUCCGGUCGCCAGAAAUGAGCCCGUCGCCCUGCGGAAGACCACCAAGGGCUGCUUUCCGAUGCUCUUCCUCGGCUUCCUCAGAUGGUUCUCCAUCUGGUGGCUGCAGUACCAGCAACACGUCACCGAGUACGGAGUGCACUGGAAUUUUUUCGUCACCUUGGCGUUCACCAGACUCCUCAGCACUUUGCUGCUCAAGAUUUACAAGAGGCCCAUUUUCUGGGCCUUGAUUUGCGUUGUCGGACAUGAAGUGCUGUUGCAGAAAGGGCUGACUGACUUCCUGCUCUCCACUGCUCCGAGAGAUAAUUUGUUUUUGGCCAAUAGAGAAGGAAUUUGCUCUCUUCCUGGCUAUGUGGCGCUUCACCAGGCGGCCGUGGCCCUCGGCCAGUGGCUUCACACUAAACCCGCGCACAAAAGCAUCAACUGCCUGGCCACAGUGUCCUCGUUGAGUGCCACCAUGUGGUUAGUGGCCCUUUUGUCUGCUCCCCCUUCUAGAAGAAUCGCCAACCUGAGUUACAUUGCAUGGAUGCUUGGUUUUGGCGGCACCAUGCUGGCCCUGUUUGUCGCUGUCCAUAUCGUCUCUUCUGCCCUUGGAGUGCUGUGCAACGGCCACGUCUACAUGCCCACCAUCCUCAACUCCAUCAACUACAACAGCCUGGCCUUCUUUCUGCUGGCCAACCUCCUUACUGGCGUCAUCAACCUGUCCGUACCCACUCUCUAUGUGGCACCCUUAGGCAGUCUCUUCAUCAUUAGCACCUACAUGUUCCUCACCACAUUCACCAUUUAUAAACUGUAUUUGAACAGAUGCAAAUUCAAAUUCUGGUGAGAUUUUUAUUGCAUUCUUGACAAGAAGCAUUUAUGUGUUCAAGGUUAUAUUUAAUAUAUAUUUAACGGUAGACGUGUUAUCUGAGCGAUCUCAAUAAAGUGCCAAUUUUAUAA